AUGGGCGGUAUAGAUAAGACAACUCUUGCCAGAAAAGUUUAUGAUGAUUCAUACAUUCGUUCUCGAUUUGAUAAAUUAGCAUGGGUCACUAUCUCUGAAGAAUACAAUGAGAGACAAAUGCUUCUUGAACUUGUCUCUUCGAUUACUGGAAGCAAGCAAGAAACAAGCGAUGAUCAACUAAUGGAGUUUGUGUAUAGAGGCCUGAAGGGUAGGAGAUUCCUAAUUGUCAUAGAUGAUAUUUGGAGUACUAAGGCUUGGGACCAAAUGCAAAGAACAUUUCCAAAUGAUGACAAUAGAAGCCGAAUUCUAUUAACCACUCGGCUCAAGUAUGUUGCUGAUUAUGUCAGUUGUCCUGAUUUUCCGCCUCAUAGUAAGUCUUUUCUAAGUCGAAAUGAUAGUUGGAAUCUAUUCACCGAAAAAUUAUUCAAAAACGAUCCGUGUCCUCCUUUACUUGUAAAAAUAGGGAAGCAUAUUGUACGACAAUGUCAAGGAUUACCUCUCUCGAUUGUUGUCGUUGCUGGACUUCUUAUAAAAAUGGACUUAACGCAUGACAAUUGGAAGAAAGUUGAGAAAAAUCUGAACUUAUUCUUUGGUACAGUAUCCGAACGGUGCCAGUCAAUUCUUUCUUUGAGCUACAAUUACUUGCCCCAAUAUUUGAGGGCUUGUUUUCUCUAUGUUGGAGGUUUUCCAGAAGACAAAGAGAUUAAUGUUUCCAAGUUGAUUAGGCUAUGGAUUGCUGAGCAAUUUGUAAGAGCAAGAAGUAAUAUAAGGUUAGAAGUGGUGGCAGAGGAAUAUCUACAAGAGUUAAUUGAUAGAAGUCUAAUUUUGACUGGUGAACAAAGGGCUAACGGAAGGAUGAAAACUUGCAAAAUUCACGAUCUUCUGCGCCAACUGUGCCUAAGUGAAGCUCAUACUGAAAAUGUUUUGCAUGUCAUGAACGGGGAUGCUCUCAAAGCCAUAGAUGGUCAACGUCGAGUGAUCCUUGUGUCCAAAGUUGAAGAGAAGCAUGAUUAUCGUCUGCGACAUAGCAAUGGUAUAAUACGUACCUUUAUUUCAAUGGAUGUAGCUUCUCCAAAAGGGAUGUGUUUACAGUUGAAGUUGCUUAGGGUAUUGGAUGCAUUAUCAAGUAAUUACGAUUUCUCUUGUGUAAUACAUGAGCUUGUACAUUUGAGAUAUGUUGCUGUAAGAAUUAAGGAAGCUGCUUCACUAGCCAAAUUGAGAAAUCUACAGACCAUAGUUCUUGAAAGAGAUUACUCUGUCAGAUAUCAGCAGCAAGUAGAUAUCUGGAGAAUGUCAGAGAUAAGACAUUUGGAUAUUAGAUGGCCACUAUAUAUAUCUAAUCCUCUUGAAGCAGAACAAACUUCGAUUCUGAAUAACUUGCAAACACUUUGUCUAUAUAACUCUCCUUUCAUUGAGGAAAUCAUAAGAAGAACUCCGAAUCUAAAAAAGCUAAAGAUUUUAGAUGUAUUUGAGAUUGGAUUUGAGCCUCAUGAUUGGCUUGCUAUUCUUGAUUCUCUCAGUCUUUUACAGGAUAUGGAGACACUACACAUAGAAACAGUAUACAACAUUGAUCCGAUGAUUAUCCCAGGAGAUAUUUUUCAUCCUAAUCUCAAGAAGUUGACAUUAAGACGUACUCGUAUACCAUGGAAAGUUGUGAAUUUGCUGGCUAAUUUACCAAAUCUUGAGGUGCUCAAAGGGGAUCGUGCAUUUGCUGGAACAGAUUGGAUAGUAGAUGAAGAUGUUGUUUUUCAUAAAUUAAAAUAUCUACAACUGUAUGGGCCUUGUGAUCUGCAAAGGUGGGAAGUAGCAGCUGGUAGUGAUAAUUUUCCGAUGCUUGAGCAACUAUUAUUGUGUGGGCUUGACAAAUUGGAGGAGAUUCCUGAGAGUAUUGGAGAUAUAAUGACACUAAAAUUGAUCAAAAUAAUAUAUUGCAGCUCUGGUGUAGUAAAUAGUGCAAAGAGAAUUCAACAAGAGCAAGAGAACUUGGGAAAUUAUGAGAUUCAAGUUAAAAUUACUGCAUGGGUAUGUUUUUUUAAAAAAAAAAUAAACUUGGACCAUUGGUCCCAUUUUAUUGAAAAAGAACGUCAGAUGGACUCAAAAUGA